GAAAAGAGAGAGAGUUGAGGUUUUCAUGGUGUCUUUAGAUGUUUUUCACAGGCCAUGUGUAAGUGGAGGUGAGUGGGAGUGUGUGUGCGCAUCCAUGCUGCUAAUGGAUUGCUAAUUAAGGACUUCUCAGGUGAAGCCAGAAAAAGCAGGAGAGGAAAUGGAGUGGAGGGCCAGUGUGAGAGGGAAUAUGGAGAGAGAAGAGAAGAGAAGAGGAAGGAGGCAAAGAGAUUAAAAAAAGGCACUGAAAGAAAGAUCAUAAGAGAGGAGAGACUGAUCCAUAAACAUCCUUCUGUGAGCCAUGCACCUGCUCUGUCAUCUGUUGUUCUUGACAAUGGCCUUUCACCUUGGUGUUGUCAUGGGUGGAAGAGCUCAGCGUAAACAAAGGCAGGCUGAAGAAAAGUUGAGGCCGUAUUUGGGCAGAGUGGAUCCGGAAUCACUGUGCCAGUUGUUGAAAUGUCACAGUCCUAUUGGUUCCUGGUGCCAAGUAGUAAAGGAGGGGGGAGUUCUCGCCCCUAAAUGUGUGUGUCCAAAGACCUGCCCAUGGCAGGGGGCACCAGUGUGCAGCGUUUUAGGGAAGACGUACAGCAACGAGUGUCUGCUUCACAAGGAAGCCUGCCGCAAAAAACGGCGCAUUGGCAAGGCACAUAGUGGAGUUUGUCUGGUGAGCAGGGCAGAGUGUUCUCAGGAAGAGUUCGGUCAGUUCCCUUACCGUCUGCUGGACUGGUUCUUACUCCUCAGCAGAAUGGGAGAGAGAUACACACCAGCGGCACCCUCGCAAAGCUGCCUCACACACACACAGCGAACCCAGCUCGCACAGAGGAGGUUUGUUCUGUUGGAUCGUAACAGGGACGGGAAGUUAAGCAGGAGAGAUCUGAGAAAGCUUCACUAUAAGCGGAUGCCACUGGAGCACUGCGCUCAAAGAUUCUUCCAGUCAUGUGACAAGAACAAGAAUAAGAAGGUGACCCUGAGGGAGUGGACAUCCUGUCUGGUUAACCGGUCAGAACGCUGGUUUCAGGAUUUCAUGUCCGUGAAGAUGGGCUCACCAAAGCUGUGUCCUGUCCCAGACAACAACCUUUAAAUUUAGAUGUUUUAUCUGUGUGGAAUUGUAUUUUAAAGUACUGAUGGAACAGAAUCCUGAUCCGGUGCAUUACUGAUUAUCAAAAUCUGUAACUGUUUGAUUUUUUUUAUAUAUAUGUGUAUAUAUGCGAAAUGAUUAUAAAUCCUUAAUACGGUAUUAUUCAAAUGUAGUCAUUUAUGUUAUAUGGAAGGAUGUCGGAACAAUAUGAAAAGUGGGUAAACACAUUACCGAUACCUUAUUAGAUUGACUCAUGAAUAUUAAUUCUUUGGGUGACAUAACAUUCACCUGGGAACAGCUAUCUACUAUCAUUCUUAUGCUCUCCAAGGCUGCAUUUAUUGUACUGUAAAAUACAGUAAAAAUAUAAAUAAUUUUCUAUUUGAAUAUAUUUUAAAAUUUAAUUUAUACAUGCGAUGGCAAAGCUGAAUUUUCAGCAUCAUUACUCCAGUUUUCAGUGUCACAUGAUCCUUCAGAAAUCAUUCUAAUAUGCUGAUUUAGUGCCCAAGAAACAUUUAUUAUUAUUAUGAAUGUUUCAAAACUUUUGAAAGGUAGUGUGCGUAUAUAUGCAUGCAAAAUUUGCAAAAAUAUUUAUGGGUAUAAUAGUUGCUUCACCCCUUUUAUAUUUAAAGUCUGAUGAAACUGGAACAUAAUAAAAGUCUAAACAUGUUA